GCCCCCGCCGGCAGCGGCAGCGGAGCCCCCCGACCCCCGGCGCCGAGCCCACCCUGAGGAAUGAGCGCUUUCCAGGCAGACCUCCUCCUCCUCCUCCUCGCCUGCUUCCUGCUCAGCCACGAACUGGGGCUCCCAGGAAGAGGAUGCUGCCUAGUCCUGGGGUUCAUGUACAAGGAGAAGUACCGCAGGAUGACUGAAGGCCAAGCGUCGUCGUUCACGCAGCAGCCCCAGGACCAGGUGGUGAUCGCUGGGCAGCCCGUGACCCUGCUCUGUGCCAUCCCCGAGUACAAUGGCAUCGUGCUCUGGAUCAAGGACGGGCUGGCCCUUGGAGUCGGACGGGACCUCUCAAGUUACCCGCGCUACCUGGUGGUAGGAGACCAUCUGUCGGGACAGCACCACUUGAAAAUCCUGAGGGCUGAUCUCCAGGAUGACGCCGUGUACGAGUGCCAGGCCAUCCAGGCUGCCAUCCGAUCCCGACCUGCCCGGCUGACCGUCCUGGUUCCUCCAGAUGAUCCUGUCAUUAUGGGGGGGCCCAUCAUCAGCCUGAGAGCAGGAGACCCCCUGAACCUGACCUGCCACGCUGACAAUGCCAAACCAGCAGCCUCCAUCAUCUGGAUGAGGAGGGGAGAAGUCAUCAAUGGAGCCACCUACUCCAAGACACUUCUCCGUGAUGGCAAGAGGGAGAGCAUCAUGAGCACCCUUUUCAUCGCCCCCUCUGACAUCGAGAACGGGGAGAGCAUCGUGUGCCGCGCCACCAACAAAGCCAUUCCCAGCGGGAAGGAGACCUCGGUCACCAUCGACAUCCAGCACCCACCCCUGGUGAACUUGUCCGUGGAGCCGCAGCCGGUGCUCGAGGACAACACUGUGAAGUUCCACUGCUCGGCCAAGGCCAACCCCGCCGUCACCCAGUACAGGUGGGCAAAAAAAGGCCAGGUUAUAAAGGAAGCCUCUGGUGACUUCUAUGAAACCAUUGUGGACCACACCUUCUUCUUUGAGCCCGUCUCCUGCGAGGUCACCAACGCCCUGGGCAGCACAAACAUCAGCAGGACCGUGGAUGUGUACUUUGGGCCCAGGAUGGCGACAGAACCACAGUCCCUCCUGGUGGACCUGGGCUCAGACGCCGUCUUCAACUGUGCCUGGACUGGGAACCCCUCCCUCACCAUCGUCUGGAUGAAGCGAGGCUCGGGCGUGGUCCUGAGCAAUGAGAACAAGCUGACCCUGAAGUCCGUGCGCCAGGAAGACGCCGGGAAAUACGUGUGCCGGGCCGUGGUGCCGCGGGUGGGCGCGGGCGAGCGGGAGGUGACGCUCACCGUCAACGGGCCCCCCAUCAUCUCCAGCACCCAGACCCAGCACGCCCUGCACGGCCAGAAGGGGCAGAUCAAGUGUUUCAUCCGCAGCACUCCCCCACCAGACCGGAUUGCUUGGUCCUGGAAGGAGAACGUCCUGGAAUCCGGGACCUCCGGGCGCUACACGGUGGAGACGGUCAGCACGGACGAGGGGGUCAUCUCCACACUGACCAUCAGCAACAUUGUCCGGGCUGACUUCCAAACCAUCUACAACUGCACUGCCUGGAACAGCUUCGGCUCCGACACCGAGAUCAUCCGGCUCAAGGAGCAAGGUACGGAAAUGAAAUCAGGAGCUGGUAUUCAAGCAGAGUCGGUGCCCAUGGCGGUGAUCAUCGGCGUGGCCGUGGGGGCCGGCGUGGCGUUCCUGGUGCUGAUGGCCACCAUCGUCGCCUUCUGCUGCGCCCGCUCCCAGAGGAGUAAGUGUGUCCCCCUCCUCGGGAAGGGGCUGGGGGAAAACUCUGGGGAGGGGGCGAAUCGAAUGGACCGGGGGGAGUUCCAGCAGGAUUCGGUGCUGAAGCAGCUCGAGGUGCUCAAAGAGGAGGAGAAGGAGUUUCAAAACCUGAAGGACCCCACCAACGGCUACUACAGCGUGAACACCUUCAAGGAGCACCACUCCACCCCCACCAUCUCGCUGUCGGGCUGCCCGGCCGACCUGCGCCCGGCCGGGAAGCAGCGGGUGCCCACGGGCAUGUCCUUCACCAACAUCUACAGCACCCUGAGCGGGCAGAGCCGCCUCUACGACUACAGCCAGCGCUUCGUGCUGGGCAUGGGCAGCAGCUCCAUCGAGCUGUGCGAGCGCGAGUUCCAGCGCGGCUCCAUGAGCGACAGCAGCUCCUUCCUCGACACCCAGUGCGACAGCAGCAUCAGCAGCAGCGGGAAGCAGGACGGCUACGUGCAGUUCGACAAGGCCAGCAAGGCCUCCGCAUCCUCCUCCCACCACUCCCAGUCCUCUUCCCAAAACUCAGACCCCAGCCGGCCCCUGCAGAGGCGGAUGCAGACGCACGUUUGAGCCCCUCCGGGGGCCGCUCGGGACCCUCGGCGUGGGCGCCGUGGCGCUCGGACAGUGGCGCCCGCCGGCAGCGGCGGCGGGAAGAGGCCGGAUCCAGCCCCCGGAGCGGGGCUGCGGGGCGGGGGGCCGGCCCAGCAUCCCCCCCCUCCCCGGUACAUGCUAAGCACAACCCCGCCGAGGACGC